UGUCAGAAUGAGCGGGUGAAAGCGCGCUACAGCAGCAACACAUCCCAGGACAGACGGUGCGGUCCGAUUGGGACGCGCACCGGCACGAGAGCACAAAACCGCAUCACGGCGCCUGAGCGGAGCGGCGUACAGCGUUGGAGAAGGACGGCGUGCACAGCCCAUAUUUCAGCCGGCAACGCACCGAUCAACGUCUCAGUCGACCAACAGACUGCACCGGAUGCUGAUCGUGUGGCGUUCGCGAUCGUACCACAACCGUUCAAGGCGAGUGCAAAAUACGCUACGAAGCUGAUCGGGAGCUACCGUUACUACCCUAAGUGGUAAGACGCAGCUAGUUACAAGUAGGUCCUCAGGACUCUACCACCAGGAACACUAUCUCUGUUUGAGAAGGUGGAGCUCUAUCAAGUGAACUCGGUACGUGCUGUAGUGUUACCGUUCCUCCAAUAUCUCGUCACAAAUCUCGUGGACGUGUGUGCUUUCUUUCUGUGGAGAGCUGUAUCCCCGAACCAAACUACAAUCAACAACGUCGUACCGUCGUCGUGCAAUCAACACCUAACCACGAUCACUCUUUUAACUCAUUUUAAGUCAAAGUAAAAUCCACCCUCGCCUCUGGUGAAGUAAACGAGUUCAGCAGAGACGUGUGUUACCGUCAACAAAACGCAACGACGCGCCAAAACUACGCAAAAACGGUACGCCACCGAGACCGAGAUUCAGCCGCCUUCUGGUGGCCAGUGGACAGUUUCUAUUAUUAGCGAAUUCUUUCUCCCAUUCACUGUACGGCCACGACCCUGAUACGUUGGGCCUUUUUGGCGGUGUGCGCGGACAGUGUUGUGUGUGUGUGUGUGUGUGUUUAUCAAAACAAAACGUGUACCGAGAGAGUUAAGUAAAACAAUAACCUCUGAGGAAGAAAGGAACAACAAAACGUUUGGCUUUGUUUUUGACCUGGUUGGUACAGACCAAGCAGACAGGAUCACAACCCUACAGAGAGAGAUCGGACGCUUCCAAGAGUACACGUCGGGGGUGAGACAUCGUUCGAUAGGAUUUCCCCCGCAGCAGUGAGAACCUUGACAACGGUUCACCGUUAAUAAAUCCCCGAAAUCGUAUCGCUGGGAAGUCAUCGUACCUGUCGGUUACGGGCUCAGAAUCUCGGAACACUGACUCCCGCUCCAACAAAACUCGUUCACCUUCAGGUGGAAGCGGAGGGAUAUACACUUCGCGAGUGUGUGGUCGGUUAGUGACCUCCGGUAGGAAGUGCGCGUAUCCUCGCUCGGGAUAUUCCGAGGACUGCGGGUGUGCGUGAUGGAGCCCAACGCGCUAGAGCUGCCGGAGAUGACCGAAUCGGACCAGAACACGAUGCAGGCCUACACCGCCAAGCUGAUCGGGCGUGAGAGCGAAGUUCCGAUGGUAUCGAUGGAUGGAGAGGCCCACCCAAACAUGACACUGGCCGCCGUUGGACUCGGAGUACUAGUGGCACUCAUCAUUCUCCUCACACUGAUCGCCUUCAUAACACGGCGUGAGCGAAGUUCCCAAACGAAAGACCCUCAACAGGAUAGUACACCUGCGAACAUCUCAGCUACCGGAAGGACGAAACCGGCGGAAGCAGAUGUCCAGAAGCAUCCAACGCCUCCACCACGCUGCGUAACGUUUGCGAACGAUUUCGAGCUAGUGGAUGUAGUUACUACUCGUAUGUGAUGGUUUGGGUGUCUCAUGCCACCCGACAAAAACAGGAUUAUCCCUACAUGCUGGACAUAAGGCGAUACUUUCUACUUAUCAAACUCUCUAGCAGUCUAUUUCUUUAUCGUAGUCAACACCUCCCGCACACGAAAAGGGGUCGUUUUUAUUGGUAUAAACCAUUGACAGAUAUUCAUAGCUAUAGGCAAAACAGUUGGCGUACCCCAUGCACACGGCAGUAAUGCGCGGAACGCUAGGUAUCACUACGGACGUUUGCUCCAUCACCAUGUUUAGGAUUAGUUUCGCAUUUAGGAUUAGCCACGCGUUAGGAUCGUGUGGUAGGUUCGUGUAUAGAUAUAGUAGCCCACCUCUCCAAUGUAAAGAUACUGCGUAUUGGAAUAAACGCUUCCAGAACUGACA